AUGAGAUGGGGAGCAUUAUGCGAACCAAGUGUGACAAUGUGUUACCAAAGAUUAUCUGUGAACAACAACAAUCACAAUAAUUUGGAUGCGAAACCAACACAUAUGCCACUGCUACACUAUCCGCAUGGCCACAGAUGGAAUGAACCAUAUUUUGACUUAACAAUGCCAAAGAAUAUUACAUCGCUCGUGGGUAAAUCUGCAUAUUUGGGAUGCCGUGUCAAACAUUUGGGAAACAAAACGGUUGCUUGGAUACGCCACAGAGACCUGCACAUCCUCACAGUGGGCACAUAUACAUACACUACAGAUCAGCGGUUUCAAACAUCCUACCAUCGUGAUAUUGAUGAAUGGACUCUGCAAAUAAAAUGGGCACAACAACGUGAUGCCGGCGUUUACGAGUGCCAAAUAUCGACCCAACCAGUGCGAAGUUUUUCGGUUAACCUAAACAUUGUGGACACCAUCGACGAUGAGACCAGCAGUUUACUGCAGCAGUACUACAGUGACGAUGCAUUUUAUAUAAGUUCAGAUCGUAUUUACCAGUCUAGCGAUGAUGAGUUUGCGGGCAUGUUUGGACACAUACAAACGGUUGCGGUACCAACAGCAAGCAUAUUGGGUGGACCCGACUUAUAUGUGGAUAAAGGCAGUACAAUUAAUCUGACCUGUGUAAUCAAGUUCAGCCCCGAGCCACCGACACACAUUUUUUGGUAUCAUCAAGAUAAGGUACUGUCAGAAGAGACAUCAGGAGGUCGGCUCAAAUUCAAAACCAUUAAAUCCGAAGAAACCAAAUCGAUACUACUCAUCAGCGCUGCUGAUCUACAAGACUCUGGCAAAUAUUCCUGUUACCCAUCAAAUACGGAGAUAGCAAGCAUACGCGUCCAUGUACUACAAGGUGAGCGACCGGAAGCGAUGCAAACGAAUUCUGCACCCACAGCGGGACACAGCGCCGCCGCCCAGCCAACCAAACUAAUCAGCGCUUUAAUCGGUGCUUUCGUUUCAUUGAAAAUACUAACAUUUCUCUGUAAUAGUGCAGGCAACAUAAGUGAAAAUAAAAACAAUGAGCAAAGCACAAGCAGUCAGCGCACAAUUGCAGAUUUCAACACCCAGUGUAAUGGCAGUACUAGAUCGCAUACUAAUACGCAGCCACAGUCGCAGCUACAGCGACAACCACAACUUCAGCAAAAGCACCUAGCAGUUGGAAAUAGCAUUGCCACAUUGUUGGCCACCGCAUUACUCCACAGCAUCAAUCUAAUAGCAGCUGACAGCAUACUGUCGCGUUCAACCGAACAACUGUCACAUGGUGACAUAGUCGAUGUUAGUCAACAACAAUGCCACCACAUCCAACAGUUGCGCCAGCCCCAGCAGCAUUUGCUGCUUGAAUGUAAGGUCCCACAAACUCUCAUAGCACCGUCGUAUGCGCGGUGAUAAAGGAACCAGCAUUAACGCAAAUCCACAGAGCAGGCGGGAUGAACGUAGUUUGGUGAAGGCCAAUAGACCAAUAGACUAGAGAGAUGGCGUCACUAUGUACAUAGCUUAUUUACUAACUGCGCAAGAGACUCACUACUCUGGCUGACCGGCCAAAGUAGGUACGACCCCAAGUAACACUGCACAGUUCAAGUGGUGAAAUUUAAAAAACUUUGGGCGGCUAAUUACAGAGUGUGUGCUUACAUUUUUACGUAAUUGAGUUAGUUAUACUACGUAUGGUGCAUAGGCAAAGUAAUGGGAAACCACAUAUAAACUUACGUACACACAUUUGUAUGUAUAAACGAAUAAGCACACGAGGUUGGGCAGUACGAGUAA